AUGACACCCGAUCUCGUCUGCCAGGCCACCGAGCGCGGCGAGGUCACCUACCUGAACCCGGCGGCGCGUGCGCGGCUGGGCCUCGCGCCGGAUGCGCCGCUGACCGACGCGCACAUCGUCGACUUCUUCACCGUCGAGCAGCUCGAGGCCUACGAGCGCGACGUGCUGCCCCAGGCGAUGCGCGAGGGCCACUGGCGCGGCCGCAUCGGCCUGCACCUGGGUGAGGCGCGCGUGCCGAUGGAAUGCCUCGUGAUCGUCCACCUGGACGUGCGCGGUCGCAUCGAGACGGUGUCGGUCAUCCUGCGCGACAUGUCCGAGCAAUUGCGCGCGCAGCGUGAGCGGGAGCGCAGCGAGGCGAUGCUGCUGGCCGUGGCCCACACGGCGCGUGCGCAGUUCCUCGUGGCGGACAACGACGCGCGCGUGAUCUUCUUCAACGCCGCCUUCGGCGAGCAGCGCCGCGUGCAGCUGCCCGACUGGGUGGGCCGCCCGCUGGCCGAGCUGUUCGGCAGCCAUGACUACGCCGCGCGCGCGCCGCUCGUGCAGCGGGCCCUCGCUGGCGAGACGCAGCGGCUCGACCUGCGUGACGGUGCGGAGCGCGAGGGCCGCAGCUUCGACGUGCAGUACGCGCCGCUGCGCGUGCAAAGCGGCAAGAUCGAAGGGCUGAUCGCCAUCGAGGUCGACGUGACCGAGGCGCGUCGCGAGGAAGCCCGGCUGCGCCUGGCCUCCCAGACGGACCCGCUGACGCAGCUGCUCAACCGCACCGGUUUCGACGAAGGCGCGCGCCAGCUGCUGGCGGCGACGGCCGGUCACCGUGUGGCGCUGCUCUACCUGGACCUGGACCGCUUCAAGCCCGUCAACGACGAGCACGGCCACCCCACGGGUGAUGCGCUGCUGAAGGCCGUGGCGUUGCGGCUGCGGCAUGCACUGCGGCCCGGCGACCUCGUCGGUCGUCUGGGCGGCGACGAGUUCGCGGUCAUGCUGCCCCUGCUGCACGAGGCGGGUGCGGCGGCGACGGUGUCGGCCAAGCUCGUGACGGCGUUGAGUGCGCCGUAUCACAUCGGUCAUCUGGAGCUGGAGAUCGGCGUGAGCAUCGGCUAUGCGGUCGGCACCACCGGCUCGGCCAGCCUGGAGGAGCUGGUGGCCGAAGCGGACACCUGGCUCUACGAAGCCAAACGCGCCGGCCGGGGUUGCUGGCGCGGCAGCGAGUUGCCGGCCGACUGA